CUGGCCCCCGGAGUGGCCGAGCGCGAGCUGCUGCUGCCCUUUUGCACUUUGCUGCAGCAGCAGCUGCAUUUAUUUUCUUUUGCGGAUUUGCAGCUGCUGCUGUCGGACUUCGCAGCUGUAUAUACACCUCAGUUCCUGCCCCUCUUCAACGCCGCCGCCAGAGUCCUCACGCGGCCCCCCAGCAGCAGCAGCAGCAGCAGCAGCAGCAGCAGCAGCAGCACUGAUGGGCGAGACAGGCUCAGUCCGCUUCAGGCGUGCUUUCUACUGCAUGCGCUAGGCAAGACAGACUGCAGGGACCCCAGCCUCUUGGCUCUCUUAAUAGAGAUUGUUGAAGCUGGGGUGCAGCAACUGCAGCAGCAGCAGCUGUUGCUGCUGCAGCAGCAGCAGCACGAGCAGCAGCAGCAGCAGGAGCUGCAGCAGCGGCAGCAAGAAGAAAGAAGCCCAGGAGCAACUGAGGCUGAUGUGCACAAGAAUCCGUCAGCAGCAAAAGGAGAGGAAAGAGAAGGUGAAAAAAAUGAAAAAAGACAGAAGAUGCAGCAGCAGCAGCAGCAGCUGCAGCAGCAGCAGCAGCAGCUGCAGCAGCAGCAGCAGCAGCGGGAUGCUGCAGCAGACAUAACGGGAGAAGGGCUUGUCAUGUGUCUCAAUGGGUUGGCCAACAUGAACUGCAAAAUUAAAGAAGACACUUUAAAUCAUUUGCUGCUGCUGCUGCGGCCUUUUCUGCUGCGCGAGGAGCCUUCUGUCUUGGGCCACGCGAGCCCGGAGCGGCGGCUGCUGCUGCUGUUUAAUUCUGUCUCCAGUUUGGCCCGGCUGGGGCUGUGGGGUUUGGGGCUGCAUGCGCUGCUGGCUGAAGCUUGCUGCUGCUGCUGCUUGAGUGAUUUGGGGCCUUACGAGCCUCUGGACCUGUUUGCUGCUGCUCUCGCGCUGCAGCAGCAGGGCAGAGUCAGCCCUGCUGCUGCUGCUGCCGCUGCUGCAGCAGUCAAAGCCCUAGAAGACAAGCUGCUGCAGCAGCAGCACAAGAAACUCGAUCCCGAGGACCUUGCAGCAGCAGCAGCAGCAGCAGGCCUCACAGCCGCAGAGGCAGCGCCCGCACCAGCAGCAGCAGAAGCAGCAGCAGCAGCAUCUCCCGCUGCUCCAAAUGGCGCUGCUGCGCUCCCGCAUCCUGCGUUUGCUGCAGCAGCAAACUGCUACGUUGCUGCUGCUGCAGUUGGCCUCGUGGCUCUCCGGCCUCUUAUCUUUUCGCUGCACCCCUCUUUUAGGACUUCCGGGGGAUCCAGGUGUCUGUACACCCCAUUGCCCACGCCAUGCACCGGUCAGCAGCAGCAGCAGCAGCAGCAGCAGCAGCAGCAGCACAACCAGCAGCAGCAGCAGCAGCAGCAGCAGCACAACCAGCAGCAGCACAACCAGCAGCAGCAGCAGCAGCAGCAGUGUUUUUGCCUUUAA